CGGGCCCCGGCUGCUGAAAGCCGGGGCAGACGUCCUGGUGCAGGUUCGGCUGUGUGUCCCGGUCCCGCCCAGGCGGCGACUGCGGUAGGAGGAAGCAGGUGUUGCACGCACUGGGCCACCGCCGCUACAUUGCAGCCUUAUCUCAGCUCAAAAUGAACUAUAUGCCCGGCACUGCCAGCCUCAUCGAGGACAUCGACAAAAAGCACUUGGUCCUGCUUCGAGAUGGAAGGACACUGAUAGGCUUUUUAAGAAGCAUUGAUCAAUUUGCUAACUUAGUGCUGCAUCAGACUGUGGAGCGCAUUCACGUGGGCAAGAAGUACGGCGAUAUUCCUCGAGGGAUUUUUGUAGUCAGAGGAGAAAAUGUGGUCCUACUAGGAGAAAUAGACUUGGAAAAGGAGAGUGACACACCCCUCCAGCAAGUGUCUAUUGAAGAGAUCUUGGAAGAACAAAGGGUGGAACAGCAGACCAGGCUGGAAGCCGAGAAGCUGAAAGUGCAGGCUCUGAAGGAUCGAGGUCUGUCCCUUCCUCGCGCAGAUACUCUUGAUGAGUAUUAGGUCUUUUGCUCAGACGCUGUUGCUCUCGGGGAGCAGGGGCUGUUACUGAAUGAAGGCGACGUCCUGGUCACCUCAUUUGUGUUUGACUAGAGACUGCAGAGUUUUGAAAUGUCAUUUUUAUUUUGAAUUCUUUCACAUAUGCAACAUGAAGAAAUCAAGUGGCUUUUUGUUUCCUUUUGAGUAACGAAAGCAUUGUUAAAGAAACAGUGGCAUGGACUCCUUUCACACGUCACUGUGGAGCCAGCAGCUACUUCUUUAUAUUGCUCUUCUCAUUCCAAAUUAGAGUUUACAGGAGACAUUCUUCAUUUACUUGUAAAUAAAAUAUGAAUCUCAAAACUGUCAUGUUAUUUCCCAAGUUUGGGUUGCCUCCAAUGAAUAAAGAAAAUUAACUUUCUGCUCUCAAAGGUA